CAGAUAACGAGACCCUCAAAGAUCAACAACCAAUGAUGGUUCGCGGAAUGAGCCGCCUGCAGGUAAGAUACGAUUAUCAUGUAGGUGGGGUAGUUGAGGCAAAUGGACAUUCCGGACUCUUUUGGAGGACGUGCCAAGGUGAGGCAAGUUUGUGUAGAAAGAUAUCUGGACGACGGUGCCGAAGUGAUGAGAGAAGGUAGGAGGUGAGAGAAAUAUAUAUAGACUGACGACGUUCCUGGAGAAGCACGUUGUGGGAAUUCUCAACUUCAUCAACUCGACUUCAUUUACUAAACUGAGGGAUACUUACGGAGCUCACUCACUUCUUUCCCACCUACAAGAGUAUACAUUUUACCUCUACUUUUACACUUCAUCUCUUCUCACCAGUAACAACAUCACCACCUCUCAAAAUGGCAACAACCAAAUAUGCCGACCGCUCCAUCCCCAAAAUCUCUCUCCACGACUUCUCCUCCCGUAUCGACGAGAUCACCACUCAGCUAAUCCACGCCGCCGAAACAGACGGCUUCUUCGGCCUCAUCAACCACGGGAUCUCCCUCCCAGAAAUCGAACACAUGUUCUCCACCUCCGAAUCCUUCUUCUCCCUCCCAGACUCCACCAAAGCCACCGUCCCAUUCACACACCUCAACUCCGGGUGGGAGAAGAAUGCCCAGAUCCGGCCUUCAACAGGUCAACCUGACCGCAAGGAAAGCUACCAGAUGCAGUUCGGGUCCAAUAUGGAUGGGUGCUGGUUACCUGAGAGUACGAUCCCGGGGUUCAAAGACACGAGUCUGGAGUUCAUGCGGAAGGCACAGGCUGUUAGUGAGAAGCUGAUGGUGUGUUUUGCGAGAGGAUUGGGCUUUGAAGAUGAUUAUUUCAUUAAGGCACAUGAUAUCUCGAGGAAGGAGAGCCAGACUGUGUUGAGACUUCUGCAUUAUUUUGAGGUGGAUAAGACUGUGCCUGUGCCAGAGGGGUAUUACCGUGCAGGAGCACAUGUCGAUUGGGAUUUCAUCACGCUGCUGUUCCAGCGAGCAGGUCAGUCAGGUUUGGAGAUCUGUCCGGGGAGAGAAGUCUCGACUGGUUUUGGAAUUGGAGAUACAUGGGCGAAGGUCGAGCCUGCGCCGGGAGAGAUAGUGUGCAAUAUCGGGGAUUUGCUCAUGAGUUGGAGUGAUGAUCGGUUUAAGAGUACGUUCCAUCGUGUGAAGACGCCGAUGGAUGUUGAGAAAGAUUAUUUUGGUCCGAGGUAUAGUAUGGCAUUCUUCAAUCAGCCCUGUACAGAUGCCCUUAUCCAGGGACCGGGGAAGAAGUACCCUGCUGUUACUGGGAAGGAGUUCACUCAGACGGCAAUGAAUAGAAAUUUCGCGGCAUUGAAGGAGAAGAAAGCGCAGUUGGAGGAGGUGAAAAGUGGUGCUGAGGCUGGGGUUACUGCUUGAACGGUCUUUGAGAUCUGUACAUAGGAAAAGCUUGAUAUUGCAGGAACAAAGAAUUUGAAAGCAG